UUUCAGGGAAGUAUAAGUAAACGAAGGAUUGAUUUUUGCUGUGUAUGUAGAGCGAUUAUUUUUACGCACUACGAACGUAGUUGAUGCGCAGAAAUACAUAAGUUUGCAGAUUCCAGGCAGGUUUUUCAUUUCCGUCCCUCCCCCCCACGCAAAGCUCGUCAGAGAACUUCCUGUUGAGUGUUGUCAUCUAUAAAACUUUUUCGCAAUCAUAGUUUUCAAACAGUCAAGUCAAGACACACGGAGUGUUGUGGAGGUAGAGAGAUGGCAAAUGUCCGUAUUAUCGUUGAAUAUUAAGCAAGGAAGUACAUAAUCACACACAGAUACGACGAAAUACGAAAAGAAGCUACCGAAAUGGAAUUUGUAAUAGAGAAAAGACAACGCGAUAUCGUCGAAAAAUUCGUCGACCGCAUUAAGGAACUGUACAACGUUGAAAUCAUAUUUGCCAAUGGCACAGGUGAUAAUGUCUGGGUCGAACUAAUAGGAACACAAAGAGAAAUGGCUAAGAAAUAUAUUCAAGCACUGACAAAUCCAGGGCAUGCAAAAACUGUCCUAAUUCCACCAACUUUGGUCAAGACCUUUGGACCACGAACUAAGGAGCAUUUCAACCUGGAGAAGGAUUAUGGCGUUGUUAUUCAAUUUCCGCAAGACACAAUUGCGGUUAUAACUGGCAGUAAGGCAGAUGAUAUGCCGGCUAUGCUUGCUGGAUCGAAACUUGAGGACCUCAUAAGCAGGCAUUCCACUAAAGAGAUGCAACAGCAGCGACCUCAAACAACCUUGUCUCAGCCAAACCGAGCACUUCAGGAUUUUGCUUUAAAGCUUGGUUACGACAAGAAGCAAAUAGAUGCAGUUUUUGAUAAACUUGGGCCUACAAUUGACAAAAACACGUUUUUAAACGAGCUCAUAAGCAUUUCUGGGGCAAAUUCAAGGAUAGGUGAUGACCGUUGGUCAAACGUUUCUUCUAGAAUGGGAAGUAUUGUUCAGCCGGAUGCUUGUCGUAGUGGAAUGCCACCAACAACUAGUAUGUAUUCUCAAGGUUUUGCGCCUGACUCUGCUGUUAUUGCAAGAGGCCUGGCACCAAGAUCUUCGGGUCGACCAACUCCACCAACAAGCAGUGCUCAGGGCUACCCGAACCAUGAUUUUGUACAUGUUGGUAAUGGUGUUACAAGCAGGUACAAUAGAGACAUAAACAUGCUACCCAUGCUUAAUGGUGGUGUUGUUUCGCGAGGAAUGAUUCCAAGAACAACAGCUGCAACCAGCCAGAUCAAUUCCGCUGGUGUUACAGCCCGCAGUGUUGUACCAAGGACUACAUCUCAAACCACCCAAGGUAACAACAAUAUCUACACAUGCCCAGAAUAUGGCAACAUCAAGAAAGGAGGUGACUAUGGAUUGAAUACUGAUGCUCCACCACAAGUCGAUUUGAUGGUCAACGCAAUGAUGUCAAAAUAUCAACAACUUCCACAGUCAGAUUUGCGGCAUGUGGUAAUUGAUGGGAGCAACGUUGCUAUGAGCCAUGGCAACAACAAGAUUUUUUCCUGCCGGGGCAUUGCCUUGUGUGUUGAUUGGUUUCGUAAAAGAGGCCACAAUCAGAUCACCGUUUUCGUGCCAAGCUGGAGAAAGGAGUCGCCCAAAGUCGACAACCCGAUCACUGAUCAGCACAUUCUCAACCAGCUUGAAUCCCAGGGCUUCAUCACGUUCACCCCAUCGAGGAAAAUCAACGGUCGUCGUAUCGUGUGCUAUGAUGAUCGCUUUAUCAUCAGACUGGCGGAAAGCACGGACGGAAUAAUCGUGUCAAACGAUCAUUUCAAAGAUCUUGCUUCUGAGAAUCCGAAAUGGAAAGAGGUGAUCGAGCAACGACUGCUGAUGUACUCCUUCGUCAACGACAUGUUCAUGCUUCCCGAUGAUCCACUCGGGCGCCAUGGACCCACCUUGGAUGAGUUUCUACACAAGGGUACCAAAACCCACCGUAGGGUGUGCCCCUAUGGCAGGAGGUGCACCUAUGGUACACGUUGUAAGUACCAUCACCCGGAGAGAGAGGACCCCAGGCUACAGAUGUAUCAAAGUCUGCAAUCUCUAUUCCCCAACCAGGAAAAACUCAUCGUAAGCGUCAUGAAAAAGUAUCCGAACGAGAAAGACGCUGAUAAACUAGCGAGUUAUAUCCUAUCAAUGAACAUGAUGCAUUAGAGCUUACGUGGUAAUCUACGCUUUAAUUAGACUAAAAGGGUGGUGGACGAAUAUACUGGUGGAAGAGAGAGAUCGCAUCAAAAAAGUAGCCGCAUUGGGGCCAUCCAGUCCUCAGCAAAAAAAUACAAUUUGCUCGCUGGCUUUAGGAAGUGGUAAAAAGGAACUGCUUUUAACGACGAGUUAUACUGGCCACGUUGACCUCAGGACUUUUUCGCUUCCUUUUUCACUCGAACAAAUUCGGGCCGUGUGUCCAUUCGUGAAGAACGAAAUGGAACAUGCAGCACAUAAACAAUUGACUACUAGUGUUUGCAAUUUUCUCAUCUUAAUUGUAAAUAAUUUGUAAUUAUAACGACGUAGGUUAUCUAGGACACGAUUGUAAAUAUCGCGAAUUCUGUGAUUUUUUUACUACCUCAAAAGGACGUUAUGAAAUUGGGUUAUCGUUUUCAGACCAUUAAUUUACGGUGUUUUUUCGUAUGAAAUUUAGUACUCUCUAUGAGAAAUUAAUUUGGAUGUAAUUAUGUAAAUAGAUACUCCAGGAGAAAAAAUUCAGUCAGGAAAGCCGAUAAAACAAGCCAAAUUAGUGAUUAGCUAGUUUUUCCAAAUUCUAUUUUAAUGUUCCAGUUGAAAUUUUCAGGUAGCUGUCGUUUGUGGUGAUGAAAACAAUUUUGAGGCUUUCUUGACUGAGAUAUUUGUGUGUAUGGGGGUCAAUAAUUUUUAGCAAUAAAUAAUGCACUGUGU